GUGUGAUAGGUUGAUAUGUCUUGUGUAUUAUUUUUUGCGAAAAUGUGAAUAUUUUAAUAAAAUACUGACACGAUAAUCGUCUGAAUACGGAUGAAAAGCCUCAUGAAGGAUGCCGACAGUCGGACCGCGACUGAUGGAGAGUAGCAUUAAUGUGGCAAACCUGCCUUGCACCUAAGUCGAGUUCACAAUGCUGCUGAAGAUGCCACAGAAGCUGCUGAAGACAGCCCAUUACAUCGAGCUGGGCAGCUACCAGCACUGGCCGGUGCUGGUGCCUCAGAGGAUACGUCUGUACACUUAUGAUCAGAUCCCUCUUUUCCUCAAGGAUAAUCCUUACAUCACAGAUGGCUACAGGGCUCACCUGCCCUCCAGACUCUGCUUGAAAAGUAUCUUUAUUUUAUCCAAUGAGACGGUAAAUAUCUGGAGCCACCUGCUGGGGUUUCUGCUUUUCUUCUCUCUGGGUGUGAACGACCUCUCGUCCAUCCUGCCGGCCUCUGGGGCUAAAAGAGAGGAUUACGUCAUCUAUGGCAUCGGACUGUUCUGCUUCCAGGCGUGCAUGUUGUGCUCUGCGGGGUAUCACCUGUUCUCAUGCCACCGGUCGGAGAAGACUUGCCGUCGCUGGCUGGCGUUGGACUAUGCAGGGAUAUCUGUUGGUAUCCUGGGCUGUUAUGUACCCGGAAUCUUCUACGCCUUCUACUGCAAUGCAUUCUGGCGGCAGGUUUAUCUGCUGACUGUGCUCUCGUUGAUCCUCGCAGUCUUCUGUGCUCAGGUCCACCCAAGUUACCUCAGCAGCGAAUGGCGAUUCUUGCGAAUGGCGAUCUUCUUCUGUGUGUGUGGCAUCAGUGUGAUCCCAGCAUGCCACUGGAUCUGGCUGAAUGAAGGAUUCAAAUCAGACGUCGUGCAGAUGUUCCUGCCUCGUGUUAUUGUGAUGUACCUCAUAGCUGGAUCUGCCUUCAUCUUCUACGUCACCAAGAUCCCAGAACGCUACUUCCCAGGUCAGCUCAACUACCUGGGUGCCAGUCACCAGCUGUGGCACGUGCUGGUGGUUGUGAUGUUUUACUGGUGGCACCAGUCAGCUGUGCACAUCAUGCACUUCAGCCACAGCCGGACCUGCCCGACUGGACCAGCAGUAACCAAAUGAAACUGAGCAAAUGACGGUUUUCCACACUCUACCAACUAACACAUCUUUAUCUCGCAGCCACUGAUUAAGUAAACUGUGUUAGCAUUACGAGGCUUCUUACCAGGAAGGUAUUUUUUUAGAAAUGGUCUCCUCAUUGAUGAGUAGCUCACAAAGACUUGCACUUGUUGUGUAGCUGCUAGUAGUCUGACCAGUGAAAGAUUGAGCAGUCUUUGGUUAAGUAAAUAUUGAACAGUGGCCAAGACCCAAACCAAUACAUGUAGGAUUUGUACUGUGGUGGCGUUGGCUCACAGUCAGCAGAGCUGAUGAGCGGUGGAUUGGAUCAAAUCUAUCCGCGCCCCCACACCAGACCUCUGGGUGCUCAGAACAAUGAGACAUGUAGCGCUUGAUCUUGAAUCAUAGCAGACAUAAAAAAAAUUAAACUUGAUCGAUCUGAUUAAGUGUUACAGUAGCAAACAAAUAUUGGUAGUGGAAUAAUUUCAGAAAGUAUUAAUUGUUUUGCUCCCAUUAGCAUACAACACAGGUUUAAGGCUGUUCCUGCACCAAA